AAAUGAAGGAAGCAAGAAUGAAGAGAAGAACAAAGAAGAAAAAAAUGAGAACAAGAAAGGGAAACAAGGAGAAGAAAAAGGAGAAGAAAAGACACGGAAAAAAAGAGGAAAGGAUAAGCUUCCAAUGUACUUGCGUUCACCUUUCAUGGUUGAACAUGAAAAACUUUUCAAGAAUGUGGACAAUAGAAAGGUAGCUGAGUAUGCGUUUGCUCAAGGAGAUAAUAAGGAGCUUUUGUAUGCUGAUAACAUGGGGACAACGAUUACGAGAGAUGAGAUUCAUAGUCUCAUAGAAGAUAAGCACAUGUUGAACAAUGUUGUGGAUGCUUAUGUUUGCCUAUUGAAUUUUGAAAAUAAAAGACGUGGUGUAGACAAGAAGAGUAGAUUCUUUUUCACUACUGAAUGCUAUGUAUGUUUUUGAACUUAAAAUUAUAACUAUGUUCUAAGAGUAGAUUCUUUUUGUUUCUCAUAUAGAUUAUACUAUGCACCUAUGUUCUAAUUACUUAUGUUUUAAUUUCUUUUUCUUUUUCAGCUCAUACGUUGUACAGAAAAAUACUUCAAAUCAAAUGAAAGGCAAGAUGAUAGAAUGAAGGCUUUGUUUGAUAGAAUGCAACAAGAAAUGACAACGACCGAAGUAACAAGCUUCAAAAGCAUUCAAUUGGUUUUCUUCCCGGUCGUUUUACCAGAUCACUACUAUUUGCUGUGUGUCAACUUUGUGGAAGGAACAUUUGAUUUGAUUGACAACAGAUUUCUUCCACCAAGUAUUCCUUUUCACAAUAAAUAUGGAAAUUACCAUAGAUUAAUGUUGAAUGCAUUUGCUGAUUUCGUUCACUCAAUUGACUCAAAUAUAAAGAGUGACUUUGUAUCCUCCUUCAAAACAAGAAACUUGAGUAUGUCAUGGAAGAGCAAUAAGAACAAACAUGAUUGUGGAGUGUUCCUGUUGAAGCACAUGGAAACAUAUGAAGGAGAAUCUGUAAAACAAUGGAAUUCGGGACUAGAAUUAGACAAUUUUGACCAAAUGAAAAAAUUAAGAGUGGAGUAUUGUGGGAAGAUAAUAACAGCAGAAGUAAAUGAAGAACGGAACAAAGUGAUUAGGAGAUCAAAAAAGUGGUCAAAGGAGAACAAAAUGGAUAUAUGAUUGUUAAGAUCUUAAGUUUAUAUUUGUAGAGAGAUAUUUGCAAAGAAUAUAACAGUAAUUUUUUAUGUUCUAUGUA